GAGGUGGCUGUAACUGUUCUUCCCUGAGAAAAGGACGAGCUGGGAUUCGCUGUAGUGGGGGCCAUAUGUUGUCCGUCUUGACUGGUACUGAGGCAGGGUUGUAGUAAAGUUGUCACUGCACUGAACUCCAGAAGAAGCUGAAUACCAGCAUUGGAAAAUAUCCUGUGUUACUAAAUAAGACGAUGUUCUCAGCAACUCUCACCGAUGAGCAGCAAAGACAUUUAGCCAAGAAUGUUACCAAUCUUCUUACCUUUUACAAGCACAUCUCAGAUUCAUUCAUUAUUGAGUUUUUCAGUGAAAAUCUCUGGGAGUCUUUGCCAAUAAGCUGGCAGGAGUCCCUUAGCAAGCUGUCACCACCAGAGAUUGCUGAUCUACUACUUGACAAAACUGUCACAAACAGGAGAUAUCCAUCUGUCUGGCCUCUCUCUCUCCUUGCCUUCCGAGCCUCUGCACAUGCGCUAGCCUAUCCAAGAGUCCCUCCCGACCAGACAACGCUCCAUGCUGGAACUGGGAAGCCAGAAGAAUUCCACAGCAAUCAAAGUCAGAGUUCCCUGUUAGGACACCUCUUCCGAAAGCAUGUGAAACCAAAGAAGCAACAUGAGAUCCGCAGGCUGGGGACGAUGGUGAAAAAUCUGUGUCACCUGACCAGCUGUGAUAAUGUUGUUGACGUGGGUUCAGGACAGGGGCAUUUUACACGUUUUUUAUCCUUUGGGCUCGGCUUCUCUGUCACUGCAAUUGAGGCAGAUGCCAACCUGGUAUCAAUGGCCAGAAAGUUUGAUGGACAGGUUCGCUGUACACUGGAAAAGGAGAGGCUGAAAAAGACUGACGUUGGCCAGCUUUCCCAAGUGGUGUCUGGUCCGUCACCUUAUCACGUUGUGGGCUGGGUCAAUCCAAAGGCCUCAUGGGAAGACUUCAUUGAGCAGCUGAAUAGGAGGGAUGAUGAAAGCGAGAGGCAGGCUCCCACAGGUGGCCCGUGUAAAAAGAGACAGUGGAUAUCAAUGUCAGCCUCGGAUCAUCAGCCGGCCUCUGAGGCCCAGUGUUUGAGCACAGCAGACAGUGGCGCUCCGAGCUGCUCUACAGGAGACAGGACAGUGUCACCGCACCGAGUGACGGAUUGCCAUGGCCCCUUUUUGGAAGACCUCCAGGUACACAGCUGUACAUCAGGUCCGGCACUAGCAGCAGCUGAUCAAACACCACUGGUGAAGCGUCCCUGUAGGUGUGGUCCAAGCGUUUGCUCAGAACAAUCAGCCAGCCGCCAUUUUAAUAGGACCUCAUCUGACUCGGCUGGGGAUAGAGAGCACAUGGGCGGAGGUUUCAUUUUAACUGGCCUCCAUGCUUGCGGAGAUCUGAGCGCCACCCUCCUGCGCCAUUUUGUCAGCUGCCCUCAUGUUCAGGGCAUCACCUCGGUGGCCUGCUGUUACAUGAAGAUCACCACCGAGGAAAACCCCUCUCCGCCAGGAGUCGUCGUCCCUCCCCAUACCGCCCAAACAGCCAUUGCCUCGCGCCCUGACUUUGGCUAUCCAAUGAGCGAUUGGGUGAGGGGGUUACCCGAGCACCAGCUGUCUUAUAAGGCGCGAGAGGGGGCGUGCCACGCGGUGGAGGACUAUCUCCACAGGCUUCGUGACGAGAGCGAGCAGCUGAAGAUACACUGCUAUCGUGCCGUGUUGGAGACCGUCGUCAGGGCGGCACGUCCAGACCUGCGCAGGGCCGGCAUCCAGACCAUCAAGAAAGCACACACCCUUCCCUUUGCAGAGUAUGCACGACUAGGCCUCCCGCGCGUGGGUCUGCCUGCUGACCUUCCUCUGGACCAGGCAUGUGUGGAGGCCAUGCUGUGUCAGCACGGCCGGGUGGUGGCCUACUUCAGUCUGGUGUUGCUGCUGGCCCCAGUGGUCGAGACUCUGGUGCUGCUGGACCGGAUGCUUUUCCUGCAGGAACAUGGUAUACAGAGUCAGCUGGUGCCCCUCUUUGAUCCUGCUUUCUCCCCUCGAAAUCUGGUACUUGUGGCCAUGAAGCGGGGACUACAUGAAGGGCUAAAGGACGCUGGUUGAAGAUGGGAACCCAAUACAAGAAGGGUUUAAUAUAUAAAAUAGUUUAAAAGGGCUGUUACUGUUCUUCACAAUAUGGAUAUCAUAUGUGUGUCCUAUGUAGUAUUGUAACCCUGGACAGAGUGUAUUUACAGAUGAUAUUGGAGAUGGGUUUUGUUUGUAUUGUAAGGGAUAUUGUAAACUGCCAUACCAAGAGGCAGUCUCCAGAGAGAAGACAGAUGACCGCAUCUAUAGGUAUGCAUGAGGGGCAUAGUUUGUAGAUUUAAACUGUGGUAAAAUGCAUUUUGACCUUUUUAUUGCAGAGUUUGAGACAUGUCAGGCUGGCCUCGUGGCAUAUAACCUAAUGGAAUAAAGUGGUUUCAUACCAUGUACACUCAGUUGCAGCAGCUGUAAAAAAAAUCCUCCCUCCAAGGCUAAUUUGUAAAUAAUGUUAUGCAUAAUUCAUGGAAUAAGUGUAAGGAAUGUAAAUAAGACAGUAUUGAAGACCAUGUUAGGUAGACUGUACAGAUUAUUUGAAUUAAGUCAUUUACAAACCAUUGCCUCGAAUAAAAAAAGGCCAGAAAACCUAUUAUUUAAACCAAAA